AUGAAAGAAUCACUUCAAGCAUUCAUCUUUUCGAUGCUCCUACUUGGGUGCAAUAUUGCUCCCGCACACGCCAGAAUACCGGCGUCCGCUUUCCGAAGUGGACGAUUGCGCUCUUAUAACAAUACGCCGAUAUACAACCCAGGUAUGCAUCAUAGUCCAAGUACGGAUGUGGUGGGCAACCUUGGGAAUCAUGGCCCAAGCGUUCAUGACAUUCCUAAAGUUUCUACGCUAUCCUCUGAUGCUGCCAAGUCUGGAUGCCCGUCUCUCACUGGCAACAUCACUGUCAAUGCCUACCAAUUAUAUCCGGAGCAUGCCGACUUCAAUGAGGAUGACUGUCUAGUCUACCUAAGCACUGUGGCUGUUUACGAUCCAUACAAGAAAGAAAUAGUGGAUAGUAUACAUCUGCCGGGACUCUCUGGGGACCCGAUACUUCACAUGAGUGGUGUUGUGGUGGAUCCUCAAGGCCUACUCUCGGUCAUCGUGGAUGCUGGUGCUGCCUUUGACACUCAAGGCCAGGACAUAUCAGGCGAUAACUUCUUGGUGAAGGUUGAUCCAGGCCAUGGUCAGGUCCUUUGGAGAAAGAACCUCACUGAAGUAACGAAUGGUGUGUACGGUGGCUACCAAGACGCUGCUCAUGACACUCACGGCAAUACCUUUGUCGUGGGUACUUUCCCGACGAGCAUCGUGAAGGUUGGUCCCAAUGGCUCAACUGCCAUUCCUUGGUACUUGCAACCUCAGCCCAAUCAAACAGUAGCGGGCCUCUCAGGACUCGCUGCCAGCGGUGACAUACUGCUUAGUACUGAUAGCUCAGAUGGACAACUGUACCGUUUCAACAUGACUGAGAAAGUGGGACACAAAAUCCAUGUUCCUCUGAAGGGCAGCAAUGCGACUAGGAUCGGUAAUAGCUUGGAUGGAAUCCUUCUCCCAAAGCAAUUCAACGGCACAGUAUUGUUGGUUUCUGACACCACGGACGGAACUGUUGUGCUCCGCUCAGCUGAUGGACUAUGGACUAGUGCAGAGAUGGUGGGAACAGUUCCCAACCUAUAUGUCUCUCAGAACGGAUUUUCGGUGGACAAUGUCGAGAUUGGCGGCAGUUUGUACUCCGUUACCGAAUUUUUCCUUGAUGAGAAAGUGCCGGGGACUUUGGCAGGCAACCGAACCCAGUUUCCCUUGGUUGAUAUCACGCACCAGGUGUUGAGAUUGCUAAAGUAAUCCGAGUGUAGAGGCUAAGAGAUGUUACGCCUCGUUGCUUGAGGCCCAAC